CACGAGCGCAGCACCAUGGGGGUGGGACAUGGUCGGGGACACAGCCAUAACGGUGACACAGUGUGGCCAGGGGACACCCGUGACGUCCCUGCUGUCCCCUUAGCCUACCAGUACCAGCUGGCGCUGGAGCGCUAUGAGUGGAACGAGGUGAAGAACGUCAAGUCCAUCGUGCCCAUGAUCCACGUCUCCUGGAACGUCGCCCGCACCGUCAAGAUCAGCGACCCCGACCUCUACAAGAUGAUCAAGUACUGCCUGAUGCAGUCCAUCAAGCACUGCCAGGUGCAGCGCGAGAGCUUGGUCCGCGCCGGCAAGAAGAUCGCCUACCAGGGACGGGUGAAGGACGAGCCGGCGUACUACUGCAACGAGUGCGACGUGGAGGUGUUCAACAUCCUCUUCGUGACGAGCGAGACCGGCGGGCGCAACACCUACCUGGUGCACUGCGAGGGCUGCGCCCGGCGCCGCAGCGGGGCCCUGCACGGCGUCGUCGUCCUCGAGCAGUACAAGACCGAGGAGCUGAUGCAGAUCUACGACGGCUUCACCCUGGUGGCGUCGCCCAGCUCCAGAUGAGCCCUGCCCGGCCCAGGGGGUUCCUGGGCGCCUGUGACGGGGACACGGGGACGCCCCCCCCGCCCCCCACCCCGAACACUUUUUAUUUAUUCAUGGGGAAAUCGCCCCAAAAUGGGCCUCCCCCCCCCCCCAUCUUCUUGCC